GGAGUUUGCUUACAGGCGUGCGCUACUUACGUUCAGACCUAUUGGGCACGUUGCGUGUAUGCAUUUAGACAUAGUCACUUAAAUGGACGAACAGUUCGUAGACGACGAAAACACGUUGUCUUUUCACCCAUACCAUUCAGCAAACGGGGGGAGGACUGAAGCAGACAAAACACCUACACGGGCACUACGCUUCCCGCUCGUCUAUGUUCAUUUAUCUGCGAUGUAUGGGCUGCGUGUGACACACUGUCUUACUGUGGUUUUUUUUUGACGUUCCCCGCAGCUGAUCUUCCCAAACGAGAAUUUCGUUUAUAACGUUGAUAGGAAGGCUCAGGUUCUUGGAGGCAUCUUGAUGCCCCAGAUUACUUGGAGCCAUGCAUGUUUCAAGGGAUAGGUUAUUGUUUAGGUAAGCUCUAUACUCAAUCGGGCACAACAUUACAAGCGCAACCAGUGACACUCAACCACACAGUCUACCACCCAAGAGUAGGAGCUCUCUGGAAAACAACGCAGGGAUAACACAGGGAUAUGAUGUAAUAGAACCUUUUAUCAAAGAUCGUUAUGCC